AUUAUAAUUUUUAUAUCUGUCUGGUUGUGCAUUAGAAAUUCAACUGAGGGCAAAAUGUCUGUUUUCAUAAAUUUCGUCUAAAAAUAUUUACUUUAUUUAUCUGUAAAAUCUUUGUACCUUGUUAUUGUACGCUUACAUAAAUUGAGACUAGAGUGUUAUUUAUAACUAGCCAAGUUAAAUUGUGAUCACAACAACAUGGAUUCGUGUCUCGGAGUUGAACAGGAUUUAGACAAAGCUUUAUCGAAGUUUAGGUCUCUAAAUGAUAAUUCGAGUAAAUUACUACAGAAUAUGAUAGAUCAAGUGGAAGAAGUAAGGCGAGAGAUAACCAAAUACUCAAAUGACACUCAACUGUCUCCAGCGCAGACCAUGUUGAUCAAUGAUUUGGCUGCAACAGUUAAAACAACCACUGCCCAAAUGUCUACAGGUAAUUAUCACCGAGAACUGCAUGCAACAGUUUCAAGAGUGGGCAAGUCUAUUGAUAGGCACUUCAUUGCUGAUUAUGCGUCAGUUGCUCCGAAGGCGGAGUCCUUCUGUAAUGACGUCAAUAGGCCCAUUAUGGAACAGGCCAUAGCUCAACAUUUGUAUAGACAGGGCCUUGAAGACGUGGGCGACGCUUUCGUAUCGGAAGCUAAGAUAACGGGUGUGGAGCGCACUUGUACUUUUGCGUUGCUGCAACGUUGCGCGGCCGCGCUGGCUGAAGGCGACCCCAGCGCCGCCCUGAACUGGGCCGAGCGAAGGGCACAUGAACUUCACAACUCUCCUCUACCAUUCACCUUACAUAGAAUGCAGGCACUUAAGUUGGCCCGCGAGCAGGGCGUGGGCGCGGCCAUCGAGUACGCGCGGCGCCAGUUCCCGCUGCACGCGGCGCGACACGAGCGCGCGCUGCAGGCCGCCGUCUGCGCGCUCGCCUGGUGCACGCCCGGCGCCGGGCCCGCGCCGCCCAUCUACCAACAUCUACUCGACCCUAAGGCACUCGGUGCAGAAGCAGCUGAGUUGUUUAUAAAAGAAGCUUGUGGUCUCCUCCGCCUGGCGCCACUGUCGCCGCUGGCGGGCGCAGUACUGGCCGGCGCGCGAGUGUUGCCAGCUCUACACGAUAUACGCUCCAAGAUGUCACACCCACACGUCAUCGCCGCCUGGUCUGAUGAUGAACUGCCUUUCGAGGUGGACCUAGGCGAGGAUGGUGGCGGCUACCACUCAGUGUUCGCGUGUCCCAUCCUGCGCCAACAAGCCUCGGAGCAGAACCCGCCCAUGCGUCUCCUCUGUGGACACGUCAUCUCCAGGGACGCGCUCAACAAACUCGCCAUGGGAGCCAAAGUGUAUCCGUUGAGGUCAGCAAAUGUUCUGAUACGGUCUGACCGCGGGAACAGACGCCGCGGCGACAACAACCGAUUAAAGUGCCCCUAUUGCCCGAUGGAGCAGUCGCCGGCUGAAGCCCGGCAGAUAUACUUCUCGUGAAGUCACAAAGCUGGAACAUUACCCACAUGGAAUCAGUUUCACAGAUAGCACAAGAGAAUGAACUUACCACAAAUUGUGUUUGCACUGAAUCAGUAACCGCUCUGUAAUUUCAAUCUUUUCAUACCACUUUACAUGUAAGAAUGUUAAGCCAUCCCAAUCUUUAGUACUUAGACAUAAAGUUGAGAAUCUAUCAAAGAAUUUGGCGGUUUGAGGUAGCGAAAUGCGCUGACGUAUUCAAUAAAAAAAAAAUUAAGUAACUAUGUUGCCGAAUAAUUAAUUUGGAUAUUUUUAACAGUAAAACAAUUUUUAAAGGGUGGUUUUUAAUACUUUAACUGUAAAUUCCUUUUUUCAAUAAAAAUAUUCGAAAU